UCAUACAGUCCAACCCGAUAAUACAGUCAGCCAACUAAUGUCUAUAGUGUGCGGUGUCACUAAAUUAAAUAUCCAAAAGAUUUCCAAAACUUUAGUGUUAACUUUUAUAAGAAAAAUUCCUAACAGAAUCCCUAAAAUGAAAUAUCCAAUUGCUCGGAAGGACACUUCAAUUGUGGAUAAUUUUCAUGGUGUUAAAGUGGCCGAUGGUUAUCGAUGGCUGGAAGACCCUGAUUCCGCUGAAACCAAACAGUUUAUUGAAAAGCAAAAUAAAAUUAGCAGAUCAUUUAUUGAAGAAGGGGAUGAAAGGUCUCGUAUUUUAAAGAAGCUAACAAAGUUAUGGAAUUAUCCAAAAUAUAGUUGUCCAACGAAGCAUGGAGAUUACUACUAUUUUUUCGUGAAUACAGGAUUACAAAACCAUAAUGUUCUAUACCAGCAGACUGGACUGGAGGAUAAACCAAAAAUAUUUUUGGAUCCGAACACAUGGUCCGAAGACGGAACUAUUGCUUUAUCUCAAAAGUCUUUCUCUGAAGAUGGAAAAUACAUGGCAUAUGGCAUAAGUGAAAAUGGAUCCGACUGGCUGAAGAUAAGAAUACGCGACGUAAAUUCGGGUAACGAUCUAAAGGAGACCUUGGAAAAUGUUAAAUUUAGCGCGAUUUCUUGGACAAUUGAUAAUCAGGGUUUUUUUUAUUCUCAAUAUUCCGAUCAGAAAGGAAUUGCUAACGGCGCUGAAGUAAAGCAGAAUGAGAAUCAAAAGCUUUACUAUCACUAUAUCGGAAAAAAUCAAACUGAAGAUAUCUUGGUAGUGGAGUUUCCCGAGGAGCCAUCUUGGCGUAUACAAGCUGUUGUAUCUGAUUGCGGAAGGUAUUUGAUUAUGCCAAUAGUGAAAGGUUGUCGUGAUAACCUUAUUUAUUACAUUGAUCUAAACGAAGCCGAAAACAUACGACCAGGCUUAAAGGUUAUUAAAGUGAUAGAUGUAUUUGAGUAUGAUUACGAGUACAUUACCAAUGUGGGAUCAAAAAUUUAUUUCAGGACAAAUAAAAAUGCUCCUAACUACAGAAUUGUUAUAAUUGAUUUGGAAAAUCCCCUUGAAGAAUAUUGGGAAACAAUCAUUCCGGAACAAGAAAGCGACGUAUUGGACUGGGCAAAAUGCGUGGAUGAAGAUAAAUUAUUACUGUGUUACAUGCAAGAUGUCAAAAGUGCUCUUCAAGUAAAUUGCUUAAAAACUGGAGCGAUAAUUCGAAAAUUUCAUUUGGAUAUUGGUACAGUUGUGGCGGUGUCCGGCAAGAAAAAAUAUUCUGAAUUUUUUUUUAACUUCUCAUCAUUUUUAAAUCCUGGUACUAUCUACCAAUAUGAUUUUAAGACACCAGAGGAACCACCCAAGAUAUUCCGUGAAAUUAAUUUGCAACUGGAUGGCUUUACUCAACAAGACUACGAAAUAAAACAAAUAUUCUAUGAUAGCUACGACGGAACAAAAAUUCCUAUGUUUAUUAUUCAUAAAAGGAAAGAAGCAAUAUAUCCACGACCGUGUCUGCUUUAUGGAUAUGGAGGCUUUAAUAUAAGUUUACAGCCCUCUUUUUCUGCAACUGGAUUAAUGUUUAUUGAUACAUUUGACGGCGUAUUAGCGUAUCCAAAUCUACGUGGUGGAGGUGAAUACGGCGAGAAGUGGCACAACGCAGGGCGUCUGUUAAAUAAGCAAAAUGUUUUUAAUGACUUUCAAGCGUCCGCAGAGUUUUUGAUCAAUAAUAAAUAUACAACUAAGGAUCGUCUUGUUAUACAAGGUGGAUCAAAUGGAGGACUGUUAGUAGGUGCUUGCAUUAAUCAACGACCUGAUCUUUUCGGCGCGGCAGUAGCUCAAGUUGGUGUUAUGGAUAUGUUACGCUUUCAUCAAUUUACAAUUGGUCAAGCUUGGUGCUCAGACUAUGGCAACCCUAAUGCAAAGGAGCAUUUUGAAAAUUUAUUUAAAUAUUCACCUUUGCACAACGUACACGUUCCAAAAACCAAAUCUGAAGAAUACCCUUCAACUUUGAUUCUAACCGCUGAUCAUGAUGAUCGUGUAAGUCCUCUGCAUUCUUUAAAAUUUGCAGCAGCUCUUCAGGAAGCAGUACAGAACUCUUGUCAAAGAAACCCUAUUAUUUUACGCGUAUAUAGCAAAGCUGGUCAUGGUGCUGGUAAGCCAACGACCAAGAGGAUAGAAGAAGCAGCUGAUAUUCUUACUUUUAUAAGCAAGACUAUAAAUGUCAAAGUUAUUAAUCUCUAACAAUAUGUAUUUUUCGAUUUCUUGGUUUUAUUUGUUACUUUAAAACAUUUAAAUUUGUACAGUUAAUAAACUUUUUAAUGAAGUUAGUUUGCGUUCAAGUUGAAGUCUCACGUCUUAGAGAUACAAACUUUAUCCUUUCUUGAAAAAUAGUGAAAAUCUAGUUAAAACCCACCAAUAAAUUGUUUUAAAAUUUU